GGUCUUUCUACAGGCGGGAUCAGGAAACCACACUUUUGUGGGAGUUAUUUUGGGCGCAGAGUGAGACUGUGACCAUUGCGGGGCCUGUGGAUAAAAAUUGAAACCUCUCAAUGAUAGAGUCAAGCCUUUGAAAAUUGUCGACUUGGAUCACGUUCACAGGACUCUCAAUAACACAAAUCAACAAUGUCAUCAACAUCACAAAAACACAAGGACUUUGUGGCAGAGCCCAUGGGGGAGAAGUCUGUGAUGGCACUAGCAGGAAUUGGUGAAGUUCUAGGAACGAGAUUGGAAGAGAAGGGCUUUGAUAAGGCAUAUGUUGUUCUAGGACAGUUCCUGGUACUGAAGAAAGAUGAGGAGCUGUUUCGGGAAUGGAUAAAGGAUACAUGUGGAGCAAAUUCCAAACAGCAAGGCGACUGUUAUAGCUGCCUGCGAGAGUGGUGUGACUCUUUCUUGUAGUUUUUUUUUUUUUGCUGUCGUAUUUCUGAAUUUUUCAGAAUACAUUUACCUCACUUUAUCAAAUUGACUGUUUGGACAUUGUUUGGAUGUACCAAUACUAACAUUUUAGCCUAGAAUUGAAAAUUGUUAUAUCACUUUAGAGGUGGACACUUAUGAGAUCACUGCUCUUUUUGUGUGUUGUUCAAAACGUAAUUCAGUGGAUGUUUAGUGCGGAGGGAAUUGGUUUAGUUUUUGACACAAGAUUAAUUUUAAUUGAUCUGUAUUUGAGCAUCAACAAAAGGAGAUCCCUUUGCCAUGUGCGAUUCAGUUCAAGCGCUGCACAUAUUUGCAUGCACCAGUAGUGCAAACACACUGAUAACAUUUUCCUGGUAGCCUGCGUUCUGUUUAUUGUAAUGAUGUUUUAAUUGAAAAUGGCCAAAUUGUAUCGAUGUUAAAAAGCUUUUAAAGGUUUAAGUUUGUCACUGUUUCGUAACAUCUAUUACCUUUAUGAUAACAUGAAUAAUGGUAUCAUAUUGCCAUAUGGUUUUAUGUCCCCAACCCCCAAAUUGUCCUUCAAUAAAUUAAAAUGCCUUAAUGAAAUUAUAGAUUUGUUUUAAAUGCAUGUGCGCCUCAAAACGAGCAGACCUGUGAUUAAGAGUGUAGCCUUUUCACUGACACUGUAGUUGACAUUUGCUGCUCUCCAAUGUUUUAAGUUGCUUCAUGGAUGGUCUGUGAAAAACACAACGUGUUGUGAAUGUCAUAAUGUGUGGAGC